GCGGAAACAUUCGUUCGAUGAUAAAAAAUUAUUUAAACAAUAAUUUGCUAAUUCUUUGUUCAUAUUGUUAGAUUGUUAUCUGUGUUUUGGUGUGUGUGCGUGUUUAACAAUGUGUACGUAAUUUGAAUAAAUCAACGUUGUGUUCCCUUGUUGACCGAUGAUUUCUGUUUUAAUUGGAUCUGUGUAAUUGGCUCUGAUGCAAAUUCACGAUGACUUAAUUUUAGUUUAUCUGAAACGGUUCCACUGAACGCGCGUGUUUCGAGUUAAGUCCGCCUCCCAGACAUUUAAGAUGGGACUGCUACGAAUAAUAGUGGUAUGUACUAUAUUUCUGGCUGCCACGGCUUACCGCCUGAUUCGUGAAGUUGAUGAUGACAAUAAUGACGAUAACUUGUCUUUAGAUCAAAGAUUCGUAGCCGAAAACACAUGUAUAGCAAAGAAUGGUGAGGACGGACUUUGUGUUCACGAGAGCUUCUGUAACGAGGAACACACGAUCAUGCCUGGAGGUGUUAUACACAAAAGCGAAUUUAGAGAACUGGCUAAACCGUGUCCAGGACAGUUCAUUUGGUGUUGCACGAAGGCUCUCGUCAUAGAACCACCAGUUAUAAGCAAUAAGAAUACUGAAAGCUGUCUGGCGCCACAAUCGGACGUUAUUCCUUGGGCAGUAUCACUAUAUAAGGUAGCUGAUGUGAAACAGACAGCACAGAGUGUCUUCUGCUUGGGCUCCCUCAUCGGAACCAGAAUUAUUUUAACCGCGGCAACCUGCUUAAAAUCUGCCCAGCAGCAUAUGCUGUACGCAAGAAUACCAGGAUCACCGGAGCCAGCCCGCAAUUAUACGGUUCGCCAUCGGAAAUUUCAUCCCGAAUAUAAUUCUGGUUCACACGUAUUUGAUUUUGGCCUAUUAGUGCUUGAAGAGGAAGUUAAAUGGGGAUCGAAAAAGGGACAAGGUGCUUGUUUGGAUUUCCAAAAGCCAGCAGGCGACUGUAUGACCCUCGGCUUCGACAGCAAUGACGAAAUUACUUCGACACUACUCAAAGUAACAUCAGGAUCUUGUAGCAAUUUUGGCGGUAAAACGACAUCAGAAAUAGCUUGUGGUACUAACGCAGAUGAUCAAUGUAUCGCCACCCCAGGGGGUCCCGUUCUCUGUGAAUCAAAAAAAGGUAAUGCGGUAGUUGUUGGGGUCAUUCGUUCUGAAUGUAAUAAAGAUCAAAUUCAGAUUGGAAAUAUCGCUGAAUCCUCGAAAUGGCUCUUAAACGAAAUGAAAGCGAUGAAAGUCCCAAAAGAUGUGUUCAUACAAAAAUAGGCUACGUUCCACCUACUCUGUCAGCGUCAAACUUCACUAAAAUCCCGAAAUUUGUAUAAAUUAUAAAAUUAAAUUGAUUGUCUUCAUCAAAUUGUAAUACUUUCGGUUCAGUUCGUAAUGAGUUAACAGACAGAUGGAGUUUCUUUGCAUUUAUAGUCUUAGUCAGAUAUUAAUAGUAAUAAAAUGUAAAAUUACAAUAACUAUAAA